UUGGACCGAGUACACUCAUCAGGCGGUUUGGUGAGCUGUUAGAAAUGGAUUGGAAGAUAUAUAUUUCGCCUUUCCUCUCCAUUUUCUUGACCUUAAUUCAGAUAACUCUUGCAGAAUUAACACCAGAAGAAUGCAGAGACUUAGGAUUUUCAGUGAAUCUCAUCUGUAGCUCAUGUGACGAGCUAAAACCUUUCAAUCUCACAUCCGAACCUUCGUUAGAGCAGAAUUGUCGAAAAUGUUGUCAAGCUGAUGGCCAGGAAGAAGCCACGAAGAGAUACGCUUUUGGUACUCUUGAAGUGUGCAACUGAAAGCUGGGGAGGUUCCCUCAGAUACAGGCCUUCGUCCGUAGUGACAGGCCGGAGAAGUUCCCUAAUCUUAGGAUAAACUUCGUACGAGGAGCCGACCCUGUUCUAAAGCUUCAUGAUGAGAGUAACGAGGUGAAAGAAGUUCUAAGCAUUGAGAAGUGGAACACUGACAGUGUGGAAGAAUUUCUCAAUGAGAGACUUGCAAAAUAAAAUUAUUUAGUUAUUAGAAAAAUAUAUAAUGAGAAGAAACCUUGUACAUUAUGAUGAAAACUUCAUGUAAAACCAUGAUAGGUGUAUGAAGUUGGAGGAAAUUGUGUCCAAAGGACUUCUUUAAUAUUUGUUGAAAAAAAAAAAAAAACUUUAAAAACAGAAAUGUCUGUUGUUUCAGAAGUGCUUAAACACCAGCUGUCUCAAUAGAUGGCAUCAGAGUAGUAAGAGAAUUUCAACAUCUGGGAAUAAGAUAUUAUGGAAAGUAGUUCCAGAACCUUUCACUAGCUAUGCCUUUAUUUGUUGCAAAACGUACUGCAGUGCUUUUCAGUAGCAUGCAAACUCCUGAAAUUGGGAUGACAUCGGUGACAUUUUUUUAACAGCCUUCAAUCACAUUAUGGACCUUGCAGCAAGCUGGUGCAAUGUUUCAAAAGGUUAUGAAAGGAGUUAGAUCCAUUUUGUUUGUUUCUGUCUUUCAAUGACUCUUACAGUAAUGAUUCCUUUCAAAGGAAAUUGUAAGUGUGAGUAACAGUCUCAGAGUUUACACGUUUCUGAAAGGCAAUGUAAUCUUAACAAUAAUUGUUAAUCAAUUAUUGAUCUUGUGCAUGAAAAGCUACUAGUAAGCAAACUCUAACAAGCUUUUAUCUAUAAGCCCAUUGAAGGUAACACAAGUUAUAAAUUCUCAAAUAUCUUUUUUUGGGAAAAAUGACAGCUAAUUUAUGCUCUGUUUUCAUGAUGACUUUACAGUAAACUAGAUACGAGUUUGUAAAGUUGGAGGCUUUGAACAGAAUGAUAUUAGUGAUACAUCCAUCUUCAAUUGCCUGUUAGAUAUGUUGUUUUGGGAACUCAUUUGCAGACUCUUGUAUAAAAAUGCUAUUUAAUAAAAGUAUUGUUUCUGGUGGAA